AUGCGAGGAUUUGAUGGUCCACGAGAUGGUCUAAUCACAGAAGUCGCCUAUUUUUCUAUGGACGUUGGUGGGAAUAAACAACAGGAAAUGUAUGCAUACAUUGUUCCCCGCAUUGAUGGUGAAGACCUCAUUCUUGGCCUACCUUGGCUUUACCACCAAGGAGUGUCCAUUAUUGCGAACAGCCCCCUGGGUGUACCUGCUCUACGUCUGGCCAAUGGUGAUCAUGUCCCCUCGCUGCAGCAUGAACCAGACAUGGAGAUCCAUCAGGUCAGCGCUCAAUCAUUCAGGGUCUGGAUGGAUCGCCGCAAGAAAAACCAUAGUGUACAGAUAUUUACUGCCAGCAUGCGGGAUAUUGAGAAGGCCCUAGAGGUUAAACAUCACUCUGACCCUAGAGAAAAGCUACCCAAGCAGUAUCAUGCCUGGUUAGAAGUGUUUGAACGGAAGAAGGCAGACACCUUGCCCCCACACCGUGGACCACAGGUGGAUCACAAAAUUGAGUUAGUAGGGAAGGAUGAGAAGGGAAACACACCUGAACCCCCCUGGGGUCCACUAUACAACAUGUCCCGGGGAGAGCUCCUUGUACUGCGGAAAACCCUGCGGGAACUCUUGGACAAGCAGUUCAUACGUGUUAGUGAUUCCCCUGCAGCUGCACCAGUCCUAUUUGUCAAGAAACCUGGGGGUGGCUUGCGAUUUUGUUGUGACUAUCGUGCCCUUAAUGCAAUCUCCAAGAAGGACCGAUAUCCACUGCCCCUGAUUAAUGAGACUCUGGAGCGUAUUGGAAAAGCUAGAUGGUUUACCAAGCUGGAUGUUAUUGCCGCCUUCCAUAAGAUCCGCAUUGCGAAGGGAUAUGAAUGGUUAACUGCAUUCCGCACACGUUUUGGCCUUUUUGAAUGGCUAGUCACACCUUUCGGCCUCGCCAAUGCACCGAGCACCUUCCAACGCUAUGUGAACUGGACUCUACAGGAAUUCCUUGAUGAAUUUGUGUCUGCAUACCUAGAUGACAUCCUAGUUUUCUCCUCUGGAUCCCUUCAGGACCACCGUGAAAAAGUCUCCAAAGUCCUGCAACGGCUCAAGGAUGCUGGUCUUCAGCUUGAUAUUGACAAGUGCGAAUUUGAAGUACAAUCCACCAAGUACCUGGGCUUUAUUAUUGAGGCAGGCAAAGGCAUCCGCAUGGACCCUGCCAAAUUAUCAGCUAUCAAGGAUUGGACAGCCCCAACUAGUGUACGGGGGGUGCGUUCCUUCCUAGGGUUCGCCAAUUUUUAUCGACGGUUCAUACGAAACUUUGCAAAUAUCACAGCACCACUCACUGCACUCACCAAGAAGGAAGCAAAAUUCACAUGGAAUUCAGAUGCUGACAAGGCUUUCAACCAGCUCAAGGAGAUGUUUACCACUGCACCUAUCUUAACGCAAUUUGAUCCAGACCGCGCUACAGUGGUAGAGGCUGACUCCUCUGGCUGGGCUACUGGUGGUGUAUUGUCCCAAUAUGAUGACAAUGGGGUACUGCGCCCAUGUGCCUUCUUCUCAAAAAAGAACUCACCUGCAGAAUGCAACUAUGAGAUCCAUGACAAGGAGUUGCUAGCAAUCAUCAAUUGUUUGAAGGAAUGGGAAUCAGAGCUCAUUAGCACACCCAAGUUCAUCAUUAUCACUGAUCAUAAGAAUCUCCGCUAUUUUAUGAAACUGCGACGCCUUAAUGAACGACAGAUGCGCUGGGCAGAUAUAUUGAGCCGCUAUGACUUCUACCUCCAGUACCGACCUGGGAAACUUGCCCUUACUCCUGACGCCCUAUCUCGCCGAGAUCAAGACAUGCCCAACGACCCAGGUGAUGAACGACUGCAGAUGCGAGAGAAGCGCCUCUUGGACCCUAAUGCAUUUGUUGAGACCAGUGAAUGCACCAUAUGCUGUGUGUCAGCUGUACAGGUCGACAAGUCCAUUCAAAUCCUACCAAUCCAUACUAGUAAUGGAACUACAGAAAAUGAAAACACCACCUCAGAUCUUGAACAGCAAUGGAGCCAUGCAGAAGCUGAGGAUACCACUAUGCCCAUACUUUGUGAUGCCAUCCGUGCAGGAUUACCUCAUUUCCCUCCUGAAUUGGGAAUCCGGGUCUCAAUUGGCGAAUGUGAAUUAGACUCUGAUGGUCGGAUCCUCUUUCGCAAACGACGAUGGGUUCCCAAUAAUGAACCUUUACGAACAAGAUUAAUGCAAGAAGCCCAUGACUCCCCACUGUCUGGGCAUCCAGGUAGCAAUGCACUAUAUAGUCUACUUGCUCGACAACUUUUCUGGCCCAAUAUGAGUGCAGAUGUGAAACGUUUUGUCAAGAAUUGUGACCAAUGUGGAGCUACCAACAUAUGGCGAGAUCGACGACAAGGACUGCUGAAACCCUUACCUAUCCCAGAUCGCAAAUGGCGUGAACUCUCCAUGGAUUUUAUAGAAGGACUGCCAGAGUCAAAUGGUUACAGUGCUAUCCUGGUGAUAGUAGACCGCCUCACAAAAGGGACUAUCCUAAUCCCUUGUGCAAGGACAGGAAGUGACUACAUUGUACCAAAGUUCCUGCAGCAUGUUGUGGCAUACCAUGGCCUCCCAGCUGCUAUCACCUCUGAUCGCGGCUCACAGUUUGUGGGUGAACUCUGGGAACGCAUGUGUAGCCUCCUCAAGAUCAAUCGACGCCUAUCCACUGCCUACCACCCCCAAACUGAUGGGCAAACAGAGCGCAUGAAUGCAGUUGUUGAGAGCUAUCUCCGUAACUUUUGCAACUUUGCACAGGACAACUGGUCAGAAAUCCUACCUAUGGCGCAGCUUGCAAUUGCCAACCAGACUGCAGCUUCUACUGGGUUCAGCCCCUUUUUCCUUGACCAUGGGUUCCACCUGGAGACACUUCAACUAGUUGAACCAGUCAUUGAAGAACUCCAACAAUCAUCCAGUGGGUCUGCAGGUGCACGAAUAGCUGACAAACUCAAGAAUGCAUUGGAGGUCGCUCAAAGUGAGUUAGCUGCAGCCCAGGAACGACAGGAACAAUAUGCCAACCGUUACCGAAACCUUGCACCACACUACAAGCCUGGUGAUAAAGUUUGGCUCGCCCUGCAUAAUAUCCGAACAAGCCGUCCCAGCAAGAAGCUUGAUGUGCGCCAGGCCAAAUAUACUGUCCUAGCACAGAUUAGCCCAUAUGCCUACCGACUGAACACACCAGAGGGUAUCCACCCUGUCUUCCAUGUUGACCUCCUCCGGCCAGCAGCAAACAACCCCUUUCCCAGUCAGCGCAAUGACGACUAUCAGCCCCCAGCUGUGCUUGUUGACGGCGAGGAAGAAUACCAGGUGGAGCGUAUACUGGACUACCGACAGAUCCGCCGUGGACGGGGAUUUCAGCGACAAUACCUAGUGAAAUGGACCGGUUAUCUACAUCCUGAAUGGACUGCUGCGCACAACAUGGAGAAUACCGCCGCACUGGAUGAAUGGGAGCAACGCCACGGAAGCCAGAGCCCUGUGAGGGAUGGGGAUGAUUCUUAG